GGUCUAAACCUGCCCCACCCUGGCGCGGGUUUGCUGGGUACACUGCAGGGAAGCUGGGAGAAGCUGAGGGAAGCUGGGAGAAGCGGGGGCGAUAAGCGCAAUGACUGACCAGGGAACAGCCGCGGCGGCCUAUGUCCAAGCAUGUGGGGGACUACCCUCUUCUCCUCGUCACCGCCGCUCCUUUUGCCUUUUGGGGAGUUUUCUGCGAGUUCUGGGUGUUCUCUCCCGCUCCAGGGGCUCCCCAUCUAGAACCCAGCCUGGCGCGGAGCAGAAUGAUCCUGACCCGGGCAGCAGCAUCAAGGUCUUUGUAGACUCCACCUGGCCAGCCAAAGAGAUUUUCUGGGAGGCUGAGGACGUGCUCCUUCCCCAGCCUCUUCCCAGAGACAAGGCGCGUCCCCCUGGCACGCAGGGCUUGAAGAACCAUGGUAACACCUGCUUCAUGAACGCGGUGGUGCAGUGCCUCAGCAACACAGACCUGCUGGCCGAGUUCUUGGCCCUGGGACACUACCGGGCCUGGCCUGGACGAGCGGAAGUCACGGAGCAGCUGGCGGGGCUGGUGCGGGCUCUCUGGACUCGGGACUACACUCCACACCUCUCAGUGGAAUUCAAGAACACAGUUUCUAAGUAUGGCUCUCAGUUCCAAGGUAAUUCACAACAUGAUGCUCUGGAAUUUCUCCUAUGGCUUUUGGAUCGUGUGCAUGAAGACUUGAACAUUUCAUCUCCUGGACAGACUUCUGAAAAGUCCCAGCCUGGGCCUAGCAAAAAUUUGGUGCAAACUCUAUCAUCAGAUUGGCCUUCUCAAAGACAAAGUUUUGUUCAAAAUCACUUUCAAGCCCAGUAUAGGUCUUCGUUGACCUGUCCUCACUGCCAAAAACAGAGCAAUACCUUUGAUCCCUUCCUUUGUGUGUCACUACCCAUUCCAUCAUGUCAGACCAGAUCAUUAAAUGUCACACUGGUCUUCCAGUCCAAGAAUCAGAGGUUCUUGCGGAUUGGUUUGGCAGUGCCACUUUUCAGCACAGUGGCAACCUUGAGAAAGAUGGUAGCAGAAGAAAGCAAAAUCACAGCUAAUGAGUUGGUUUUGGUGGAGUUGUCCCCCAAUGGCUUCCAGCGUUCUUUCUUUGAUGAAGAAGACUUGAAUACCAUUUCAGAAGAAGAUAAUGUGUAUGCUUUCCAAGCAUCCUGGUCACCCAUCUGGGGAGUCCCUGCCACAUUUUCAGAUUGUUCCUCCAGUGUUCAAUUCACCAAACACAAAGGCCAAAGUCUUCCACAGAUGGCUGCCUUAUCAACUGAAUCUUGGUCUUCUGGGAAUGGGAGCAAAGUGCUAAUUCUACUGUGUAACUUGGUAGGGUCAGGACACAAAGCUAAAAGAUUUGGUCCACCUUUACUAUUGAGAGAAGAUAGAGCCAUAUCCUGGGACCAGCUCCGACAACAGGUCUUCAAUAAAAUGAGAUAUCUAAUUAAACAGGAAGUGCCAGUGCAGCAGAGCUUGGGAUCAUUAUUUGCUGUUCGGGUUGUAGGAUUAUCCAACAUCUGCAGCUACUUAUCUCCACAGGACAGCAGGCCCCUCUUUCACUGGGCUGUUGAAAGAUCUUUGAAACUCAGCAAGCCAGGAAGUCCCCCACAUAUCAAGCUGGCAGUAGAAUGGGAUAGGAAUACCAAACAACUCUUGUUUGGAAAUAUUCAGGAGGAAGUAGUACAAGAUGCCCCAAGUGUUCAGCUCCAACAGCAAGCCCAUCAACAGCCCAGCUGUACCCUAAAUGAAUGCUUUCAGCUCUAUACUAAGGAGGAACAGUUGGCUCCUGACGAUGCAUGGAAAUGUCCCCAUUGCAAGGUCCUCCAACAGGGAAUGGUGAAACUAAGUUUGUGGACAUUGCCUGAUAUUCUCAUAAUUCACCUCAAACGAUUUUGUCAAGUUGGGGGGAGAAGAAACAAGCUCUCCACUCUGGUGAAGUUUCCUCUCUAUGGGCUCAACAUGGCUCCCCAUGUAGCCAAAAGAAAUUUUAGCCAGGAAUGCCUGAACUCUUGGCCAUCUUGGGAACAGGCAUCUUGCCUACCUAAUAGCUGUUCCCUUGACUUCUUGUAUGAUUUGUAUGCUGUAUGUAAUCACCAUGGCAGUAUGCAAGGUGGACAUUAUACAGCUUACUGCAAAAACUCACUGGAUGGCCAGUGGUACAACUUUGAUGACAGCACAGUAGAGCCUGUUUUAGAAGAUGAUAUCAGCACCCAAGGAGCCUAUAUUCUAUUUUAUCAGAAAAGGAAUAUCAUACCUGACUGGUCAGCCAGCAGCUCAAUGACAGGUUCCAUGAGCUCCUCCUUGUCUGAUCACUGGCUUAUGAGGCUUAGGAGUAACAACAGCAUCCAGAAGAAAAGCCUAUCAUCUUGGAGUUCUACAAAUUUUGACUCCCUUUCAAAAAUGCCUGAUUCUCUUGUCUUCUCAGAAGUCUCUACCAAACAGGAAAAAGGAAAGUCUAAGUCAAAGCCUUUUGUUCGAGGUGUUCAAGGCAAAAGCGCCAGCAUGAAGGAGCCUGUCACAUCUAAAAGAAAGCCACAGGGGACUUUUAAGACCAUGCCCCUUAGAUGGUCUUUGGGAACCAAAGAUAGAACAAAACAUCACUCUGUUCAGUUGAUGGAAUAUUUAGAGUCUGAACGAAGACCCAAGAAUACUAACCAAUCCAUCAUUCCAGUGACGAUGACUAGUGCUACUAAGGAAGCAAAUUUAUCAGUAUCAGCACCAUCAAACUCAACAGCUCCCACAAAUGAUGAAGGGGAUAGCAAGUGGGCAGAUGGGAAGGUACAGGCUCCUCUGAGAAGCCCUUCUAGUAAUCAUAAUACUAUUGGUAAUAUUGAUUCUCUAAGAAGAACAAAGAAACCAAAAGAAAGUUUGAGUCAAGAGAUAAGACUACCCCCAAAACUUGACAUUCCUCUAUCUAUGACAAAAUCAGCUAGGAUUGAAGGGCUGGCUCAGACAAAGAGCCAUAUGAACAAACCAAAUGUUUGUGGGAAAAGCCAAAGGAAUAACAUUUUACCAUGUCCCAAGGAUUUUCUGAACGUCAUACAUUUUUCUGGAACAAACAGAAGUGAUCAAAGAGUCUCAGCCAAAUCUGAGGCUAAAACACAGGAAAGAAUUCCUGAGUCAGAACAGCUCCAACAAAGGAGGUUUGCUCUUGUCAAAUCCAUUGUUUUAAAAAAAGAGGUAAAGGAGAAGGAUAACAGUUCAGAGAUCUCUAGGAGUUCUUCCCUCAUCUUCCCAUGGAACAACAAAUGGAGCAGUAGAGAUAAAGAACAGGGUAAUAACAUGUUUCUCAGCAAGCUUAGAGGAAGCCUGACAAAGGAUGAGGUAAACUUUUUAGAAAAAGAUGUAGGUCAAGUUCAUAGCUCCUUCAGGUAUCCCAGACAAAUCAACUGGUUCCAGAAAGGAGCUGGUAUCUCCCACCCAUCUCAAAGAUGUAUUUCUGAAGGAGAUAAUUCCAAUGGCACAUUUCAAAGAGCAAAAUACCACACUAUUGCCUUAGGCCAGAAAAAAAAAGUGCCUGAAUCCAGCUUGUGAUGAGCAUUAGAGUGUUAUGGUACUUUUAUAAAGUAUGAACCAGUUUUGAAAGGAGGUUACUAUGCUAUCAGUACAAUUACAUCAAAUUAUUGAUUUGAACUAGGUUUUCAGGAUGAAGAAGAUUAGAUUAGCGAAAACAUUCCUCAACUUCUUAAGCUUCCAGAAUUCAAAUUCUCCCAUUCUAAGUGGUGCCUUCAUUUCCUCAGAUCUGUAGGGACUUGUGUAGGCUAGCAUAUAGCAUAUAAUCUGACCAUUGACUUUUUUUCUCUUGUUCCAAUAUGUGUACAAUAAUUCUGAGUAUUAAUGUUAGGGAAUAAUUUUAAGAGUGCUACUCUUAAUUUUCUUCCCCUUUUUUGGUAAAUCUUUUGAACAAGAAGGUAUAUCAAGAAAUAUUUCUUGAUCUUUUUAAUGCUUUAUUGGGAUAUGAGGCAAACAAUGGAUGAAAUGACAAUGGGGGGGUUGGAGAGAUAACAUUAAAAAAGAGUUUUUAAUAUAUAAAAACUUUUACUAAAUCAUUUAAAUUUAGUUUUUAAAGCUAUUUUAUUACUAGGAAAAAGUUUUACAUUUUUAACAAAAAAUAAAUCUCUGAAUGGUUUUAUUAAAAAGUGUCUCAGGGGAACGUGGGAAGAACGCUUUGCUAUAUUACUUGAGCUGGUAGAUAUUGACCCUGUUUUGUCCUAGAGCAUAUACAUAGUUCAUUUUUCCCAUCUGGCAAACAUCUGCAUGAAUUCUUUCUGAAAUUUGAAAGUGCUUUUACUUAAAAAGCAAGAUUCCAAAUAAUUUCUGCUCUUCCUAAGGUUAUCAAGGUUACAUCAAAUCAUAAAUACAAUGUUAUGUUCAAGGAACCUAUAUUUCGGAGGAUCCUGAGAACUUUCUUGGAUGGCCCAUAAACUAAUGCAGCAAAUUUUCACAGAGCUUCCACACCUUCCAAGGUGGUUUUUCAACACAAACAGAGCAACUGAGUAUUAUUCCAGGCAUUUAGGAGGUAAAUAGGAAAUUUAAUAUUACAGUCAUUAUCUAAAGGGAUCACUAUGCUUAUGCUGUACAAAUGAGAAUCUUCUCCUUAUACACACAAUAUGACCACAGCAUGCCUUCGAAAAUUAUUUUCACUGCAGGGAAGCAAAAGCAAUAUCUUCUUUCCUUGGGUAAGACUGCAUAAUUUUGAUCAGAUUUUAUUUGAAAGCAAAGCAAGAGAGCAACAAGCUUUUAUUAAGUGCCUACUAUGAGUUAGGUACUGUUAGACUUUGGAAGAAAUCCAGCCUCAAAGUGAAAUGUAGCAAGGUAACUUUUUAAAACUGUGUGAUGAUAGCUUUAUGUCUAAAAUGCUGGGUUUCUUCUAAAUACAGAACUCACAAGUUAUAAUACAGAUUCUAAUCUUUGCAUCAGCCCUUAGAAGUCUCCUCUAACACACUAUCUUUACUCAGCAGAUGAUAGAUAAAGAAGAAAGGGAUGAAGUAGAGUCAGGAAGUAAAUCUUGAUAAAUUAAAAGAAGAAAGCUGUUUUUUGUUAUACAUUGUGAGGCCCGUCUUAAGGACUCAAAUAGGAAAUUCUGCUCCUAGGGUAGAAAAGCUGACAAAGCCCCUUCUCUAUUCUUCAAAGGCAGGAUCAUUUAUUUUAAGGUAGAAUACUUAUUUUAUUCAUUCAUUUAUCAUUCAACCAUGAUAACAGUUUGUUGAUAUCUUUUGUUUUCACAUCACCUUAAUUUGUAAUGUUAUUCCUCACUCCAUUACCCAAGGAGUCAUUUAUUGUAAUAAAGAACAAAAGUGAAAGAGGAGAAGAAAAAGCAAAAGCACAUAAAAUAGCUGUGAUAUAUAAUACAGUAUUCUCACCCAUGGUAAUACCCACUUGCCUCACCAAGGAAAGGAAAGGAGAAAGAUCAUUUUCUCAGUUUUUCUUUGAGGCCGAGCUUUAAAAAUGUUAAUUGAUGUCAUUUGUUUUAUAAUAUAAUAUAAUAUAAUAUAAUAUUUCCCCAAUGUUAUCUCUCCCUUCUUCCCUUCCCAGACAGCCAUGGUACCACAAAACUAUGACAAUCAUUUUUUUACUCUAACAUAUAGUGCUCCACCCUCAUAGUUCUCCAUCCCUACAAAGAAAGAGGAAAGGGGUCUUCUCAACUCUAUUCUUUGAGGUCAAGUUGCUCAUUAUAAUUUAUCUUCCAAGUGAUUACAGGCCAGGAAAAUAAAUAUACAUGAUGAGUGCAACAAAGUAAAUGGAAGGAACAAUAAAAUAAUUGAAAGUGAA